CUCAUAGUCUCAUUACGUUGGACACGUGUUCUCUCAGUUGUCUUUUGAAAGGGGAAAUUACCAUCACCACAUGUUCUCUCUUUAACUAAACAAAAGAUGAAACCAAUAAAAUUUUCCAAGACAAGCUCCUAUGGACCCGGUCAACUGAAACUUCGGUUAAAUCCCCUAUAUCUCUUUUCUUCCCUUUUAUAUUUUUCACCAUAAGUAAUUUAAUACUUAAUUACCGCAUUUAAGAAAAUCUCACAUUCACACAUUUAAAGAUGACAAGGACCAUUACGCUCCUAUCUAUUGCCGUCGCCGUCUUGGCCAUCACCGCCGUCUUCGCCGCUGAUCCUCCAACACCAGCCGGAGCGCCUAAAGCCAACGCCAACAAAAGCUCACCCACUGCUUCUCCCACCGCAGCAGCAUCCCCCAAACAACCCUCCGGAGCAGCAUCCCCAAAACCAACCGCCGCAGGAUCCCCAAAACCACCCGCCGCAGGGUCCCCAAAACAAACCGCUUCCGCCCCAACCUCGCCGCCUACGGCCUCUGCUCCCACCACCACCAAGAAGAACUCCUCCGCCACUCCAAGCGCUUCCCCAUCUUCAGGUGGUGGCGCCCCCGCAAACGCUCCAAAAUCUUCGUCAGCCAAAACUCCGUCUCCAAGCCCCGACUCAAGCUCCGGAGGUCCUACCAGCUCAUCCGAAGGUCCUACAAGCUCAUCGGAAGGUCCUACAAGCUCGUCCGAAGGCCCUACAAGCUCGUCUGAAGGUCCUACUAGCUCGUCCGACUCACCAUCCGCAUCGUCUCCGCCGUCUCCGACACCAGACAUGUCUCCGUCGUCGUCCCCUGAUGAAGGACCCACCAGUGAAGGCCCCGAAGCUUCAGCUCCGACGGGAAGAGCCUCGUCGCUUGAGAUCUCUAUCUCUGGAUCUGUUCUCAUCGCAGCUGCAUGGUUCUUCUUCAUAUGAUGAAAUGUUACUCCUGUGUUUUUUAUUA